AUGUCAAGACUUGAUCCGCCGCUGAUUGCCAUCGGAAGCUCCGCUAGUGAUCCCUCUUCACCAGGCAUCGAGGAGGCUCCUGAAGGUGGCGUUACAGGUGCAACCUCGACUACAAUGGCUGCAACACCUGCCUCCUCCAGCACCAGUGGAGGACUCCAUCUCGUGGGAUCGAGCUCGAUUCUCUUUGCCCCGGUCAACACCGCCCCAGCCACCACAACCGGGAUGGCCCGUCUUGUGCUCUACGAGUAUCGCGAGCCUCGACGCCACUGGGACCUAGUGGAGGAAGUGUGCCAAAUUGGCGCUCCAGUCCACGAUCUGGCUUUCGCCCCUCAUAUGGGCCAAUCUUACCACAGUCUGGCCGUAGGCGCAUCUAAUCAAGUCUGUGUGUUACGUAUAACAUCAGCUGCGGUUGCCUCAGCCAUGGCCACCAAUGAAAUUGGUCUUCUUGGCGGUGGGCUCAGCGCAACAAAUAAAAGUGAACCAAUAUAUACAUAA